AUGUCUAAGCGCACCAAGAAGGUCGGCGUGACUUACGGUGCCUCCCUGCGUAAGCAGGUGAAGAAGAUGGAAAUCACCCAGCACGCCAAGUACACCUGCACCUUCUGCGGAAAGGUUACCGUCCGCCGCCAGGCUGUCGGUAUCUGGGACUGCCGUGGCUGCAAGCGCACCGUCGCCGGUGGUGCUUACACCGUCUCUACCCCCGCCGCCGCUGCCACUCGCUCGACCCUGCGCCGUCUGAGGGAGAUUGCUGAGGUCUAA